AUGUUCUUCACCAAGCCAGAUCUGACCACUGGCUCACGCCCAGCUCUGUUGCCAGAUGAGACACUGCUCUUUGUCCAGGACAGCGUUGGUCUAUAUGAAGGCAAAUUCAAAAUUGCGUCUUGCCAGAAAGGCCAUGCCUAUCUGACAUCGCAUCGAGCAUGCUACAUAGACGAUGCUGAUCCGCGAAACAAUUCACUAGCUGUCGAGCUGAAGGAUGUUGAAAGGCACGAGUACCAAGCUGGAUUUCUCCGCUCGUCAGCCAAGGUCACCCUCCAUCCGAAGCCUUUAAAGCGUGGAUAUGGCACUCUGCGACAACAUGUUGCCACAUCACCCGCUGUGCAGCGUGUGGCAUCCUCCUCCUCUCCAGGUUCCCGAAGCUCGAGCCCGUUUCCCGAUGCUUCGACCCGGAUUUCAUCACCACAAAUAGACCGAGGGAACUGGGUCUGCGCGAUAUGCUCGUUUACAAAUCCAGUUCCGUCAAAUUUCGAUGCCACUAUUGCCACCGAAGCUUUUCCGCUGCCACCAUGUCUGACCUGUGGCAUUGUGCCGGACUUUCCCCGCGUCAUGAAGGCGGCGGUCGCAGCCAAUGUGAAGCGCAAGUCUACCUACAAUACGGCCCCUCCACAAUCGCAAAGCUUGCUUCCGCAUCAGCAAACACCAGUCCCAGUGUCUACGGAUGGCGCCACAAUCACAUGUCCUCGAUGUACAUUCCACAAUCAUCCAUCGCUCAGAACAUGUGAGCUUUGCGGGGCAGACCUCCCUCGCUUCACGCCCACCAGUACUGGCGCUUCCCCAGUGGAGCGUGCAAGCUCUCCAGGCCCCGAGAUCGCAAGCUUAAAUCUGAAUGAGGAUCACGGCGACCAAAGCGUUAAGUUCUCAUUCCGAACGGGAGGAGACAAAGCCUUCUACGAGAAACUGAAAAGCGCUCUCCUGCAGAGAAAGUGGCUUUUGCAGCAAGCACCCCCUAUACCACAGGGCGAAACCCCCUCCCGCACUAGCACUCCUGACUCGUCCGGUCCCCACAGCCGGCCGCCAUCAACAGCUGUUGGCAUCAAAGGCCUGGAGCAACGUGGCCUUCAAGCACGCCGAAACAAUGAAGCAGUCUUGGGCUCUGCAUUUGAGGAUCUGGAAGCACUGAUGGCCUCCGCCAAGGAGAUAGUAGCUCUUGCCGAAAGAUUUGCCAAUGAGUCCGGAAGUGGCACUGCAAAUCCUCUGCUUGCGGAAAGUGCCAGUGCCCUAGGUAUGAUCGCGACCAAGGAUAUUUCUGGCAACAGCUCAAAUACGCUCUACAUCACCGAGCUAUCCCGCAACCUGGCUGAAUACGUCACAGAUGAGAAAAGAGGCAUUCUGCGAUCCAACGGUGGUAUCAUCGGACUAGUCGAUUUGUGGGCAAUCGUGAACCGUGCUCGGAAUGGUGUCGAACUGAUCAGUCCCACUGACUUUCACCAAGCGGCCGUGGCGUGGGAUCGACUCAGCUUGCCGGUUCGCCUGCGGCAAUUCAGAAGCGGCUUGCUUGCUGUGCAGCCCAGAAAUUGGACAGACGAGAGGGCGCUCGCGCAGAUUACCAGCUGGUUGCAAUCGUUGCGGCAAUCGCCCCCAGAACAGGCCAUGCCGUGGGACUGGGUGACCUAUGGCUGUGGUGUGACCGCUCAGGAAGCAGCUUCGCGGUUCGGCUGGAGUGUUGGGGUCGCGACUGAAGAGCUCGAGAUGGCAGAGGAGCGAGGAGUUGUCUGCCGCGAUGAGGGGAUAGAAGGGCUCAAAUUCUGGCUGAACUUCUUAUUCGAUGGCCAGAUGACUGACACUGUCAACAGAGCCUUGUUUGCCGAGAACAGCCAAAACUCGUGGUGGCUUACUGUGAAGCAAGAGCUUCACUUAACGCCAAUGACCUUGAGAAAAAGCUCACGUCUGGAUUCCUCAACGCAUUGUACCGCCUCGGCCAUCGUUUCCACCUCUCAGCGGCACGCAAUCCCGGCUCAAAACUAUGAGCCACCUCAACCACCGGAACCUGUGGCUGAACCUCAAUCAUUACGCGAACGAGUUGUCAGUGUGUUCAAGAGGAAGCCCGUGCCAGAGGUAGUGCCCAAAGUGCAGGUAGCCAAAGAAACUUACAAGCCUGCCGAGACCUGGGACGGCUUAGAUUGGUUGGGAGACGAUGGUGUCUACCAGCACAAGACGCCCACUGCGUCAGAGCAGUACGUCCCAUGGAACGACAAGACAAGAAAAUUCAAAGGUGACAUCUGGUACGCCGUCCACCAAGCGAUUUUCACAGUCAUGUAUCCUUCCGAACCAUAUGACCACCGCCAACCUCUUAUACUCACGCCUGGUCAUCCGUCGACCGCAAAAGAGUUCGCCCGGGGCCAGAGCACCGGCGAAAUCAGCGGCGAUCCGAUGUCUUUCAUGAAUGCCCCCUUGAACAUGAAAGACCGCCGGACCUUCGAGGCAAGCAAACCCUUUCUGAAACAACUCACCCUCAUCACCGGCAAAAAGAUCCCCGAUCCAACCCUCUCCUCUCUCGCCGCCAACCCCGCUGCCACUUACACCGACCUCGUCACCGCGAUCCAGAACAUCAAGCCCGCCAAACCACCAAAGACAUUCGAUCUCCUCCAGAGCAAUGAGCAGCUCGUCCAGGCGCCGAACGUGAAGAUGCACGCGAAGAGAAUACACGUCAACCAGAAAGACAAGGAUCUAGGCCGGUGGAAGGUGAUUGAGAAGGAGUUGAAGGAGAGGGGCUUGCCGCUGCCUUUCGGUGCAAGGGGCAUUGCGAGGCGUGGGAUGGACUGUUGGAAGGAGAAGCAAAAGGAACAGAACAGAGACAGAGGGGAGGGCGGCAUAGGCACUGCCGUCAACAUCGGUAUGCCGGAUCAACUUGAGCACGAGUACGGCACUCAGUGGUAA